AUUUCCCAAUAAACAAUAUCAACACAACAAAGUCAAAGGAACACAAACACAGAAGAAAAGAACAUAAAGAAGAUUUCAUCAAAGAGAUGGGAAAUUCUUUUGGGUGUUCAGCUUCUGGUGAGAGAUUGGUAUCUGCUGCAAGAGAUGGUGAUUUGAUUGAAGCAAAGAUGCUUUUGGAAUUCAAUCCUGGUCUUGCAAAGUAUUCAACUUUUGGUGGUCUUAAUUCACCUCUUCAUUUUGCAGCUUCUAAGGGUCAUAACGAGAUUGUGGCAUUGUUGCUUGAGAAUGGAGCUGAUGUGAAUUCAAGAAAUUAUUGUGGGCAGACAGCUUUGAUGCAAGCUUGUAGACAUGGUCAUUGGGAAGUUGUACAAACCCUUAUGCUCCACCGAUGCAAUGUUAUGAAAGCAGAUUAUCUCAGUGGAAGGACCGCUCUUCACUUUGCAGCUGUCAGUGGGCAUGUAAGAUGCAUUAGACUUGUUGUGGCUGACUUUGUUUCAAGUGUUCCUUAUGAAACUCUACAUGCUCGUGUCGAUGCUGACGUGGGUGAUGGAUUAAAUACAAAAAGAAAACAGGAACAAAGUGCAUUAUGCAAGUUUGUAAACAAGACAGCUGAUGCUGGUAUUACUGCACUUCAUAUGGCGGCGUUAAACGGAUAUUUUGAUUGUGUACAACUGCUACUGGAUCUUAAUGCAUACGUGUCAGCUUCAACAUAUCAUUAUGGAACAUCUAUGGAUUUAAUAGGGGCCGGAAGCACUCCGUUGCAUUACGCUGCUUGUGGUGGAAAUUUAAAAUGCUGUCAGAUCCUCCUUUCAAAAGGUGCUACUCGGAUGGCUUUGAACUGCAAUGGGUGGCUUCCACUUGAUGUUGCUAGGAUGUGGGGCCGUCAUUGGCUUGAACCGUUGCUGUCACCCAGUUCAGAUACUGUUGUAUCACCAUUCCCUACUUCAAAUUUUUUGUCCUUGCCCCUCAUGAGUGUUCUCAACAUAGCCAGAGAAUGUGGAUUGCACUCAUCUACGACCUCCUCCAAUGAGAUCGACUUCUGUGCUGUCUGCUUGGAGAGGCCAUGUUCAGUGGCUGCAGAAGGAUGUAUGCAUGAGCUUUGUGUAAGAUGUGCACUCUAUCUUUGCUCAACAGCCAAUGUUUCUUCUGAAAUGCAUGUCCCUCCUGGUUCUAUUCCUUGUCCCCUUUGUCGACACGGAAUUAUUUCUUUCGUCAAGUUACCAAGUUUCAAACCAAAAGAAAAUAAAUUACAUGGUUCACUCAGCAUGUGUACACCAUGCAUACAGCAUCCACGCGAUGUAGAUCAACCAUCUCUUUCUCAUAGUACACCAGAAAUUCGAAAAAACCGGGUAGCUUCUGUUUCUUCUGAGAUGCUGUGUCCUGUCACUUGUACACCGUUUCCAUCCGUAGCAAUUCCUCUAUGUACUACAUGCAAUGAUGGUCCUUGUCCACCAUUUGAACCUCAGGAAGAUGAAGCACAAGAUGAAUCUCCUCGUCACUCACAAGCUUCGACAACAGAUCAAGAUAAAAUGGAAGGGCCAAAACUGGUGAAAACAACAUGUUCAAGUAUGUUUUGGGGUAGAAGAAGUUGCAGCAGGGAGAAUCAAUGCAAUUCAGAAAUAAAUGCUUGAUUGAUUCACUGGACAAGUAUGCGGCUUUCUUAUUAGGGUUAAAAUGUUUGUCUCGAUAAAAUUAUGACUUUUUAAGUUUAGUCCCUACAUAAAUUUAUUCAAUUUUAGUCUCUUAUUUUUAUUAUUUUUUUAAAAAUGAAUGCUUUUAGUCCCUGCAUUUAGUUCCUAUAAAAGUAAAAUGGUUAAAUAUGUUUUUAGUUCCUGUACCAUUUUAGUUCAUUUUUUAGUCCUUACAGAGGACCUAAAAACACCCGUUUUUAUUUUAGGUGGGGACUAAAAUAAAAAAUGGAUAUUUAUAGGGACUAAAAACAUAACAAAAGGAUAAUAAUUGAACAAAACUCGGGUAAGGACUAAACUGGAAAAAUCGUGAAUUUUACAGGGACUUAAAUCAUAUUUAGUCCUAGUUCUUAUGUGUGGAUACUCUUACAAUCUUAGACCAACAGUGGAUGUAUGCCAAGAAGAAAACAAGCUUCAUUGCUACUGUUUGGUGCAAAGGCUGCAUAUUUGGUGAAAGAUAAUUUUUCUUGCAUUUCA